CCGACCCCAUUCUCCCUUUUUGGGGGGAGAGGAGGGGAAGGGGAACCAAUGAUGGAGGGUUGGGUAUGUAUCUACAGUAUUGUAUUUACCCAUUAUUUACCCUACCCUACCAGACAGAGAGACAACUGGUUUGUUCGUUCCCGCGCGGCACGAGGUUCCUGCCCAAGGCACGUACGGUGCCUUUUCCGGUGGUCGGUGCUGAUUGGCCCGCCAAGACCCUGAAGGAGGCGCUAGGCCCGAUCGGGCAGAUGGCCGAGGCGGGCCGGUCAUGUGCUCUGGGGAAUUCUGGAGGGAUUCUGGAGGGUCUCCGGAGGGUCUCUGGAGGGUCUGUUUCCCCCCGACUUUCGAGUUUCUCCCCACAACUCCCCCGAAAAUCAAUUCCCUCACCUCACUUCACUGCACCGUUGCACAGGGGAACCUGCAGAGUAUCGAGCUGUCGAGGUGUCUAUCUAGGUAUGCUUUGGCCUUGUCGCUCUGUCCACUGUCCACUGUCCACUUUCCCAUUGUCCCACCGAGACUCACCCUGGUUAUUGCAUCGUCAGCCUGCAUCCUUUCGCCGUUCCAUCGAUGGAUUGACUCGGCCCAACCGCGCCAUGGCCCGGAAGGGAAGCGCGGUGCCGAUCCACUCCAGUCCAGUCAGCCAGACAUUCCCCGGAUCCCUCCACGGCGACGCGGGCUUGUCGGAGUCUUGCGCCUGCUGCCGUCUUCGGCCCAGAGUUGGUCGCGUUACUUCGGUGACAUGAUCACGGCUCCCUGCCUCCUCCCUAUAGGCUGAUUGCCCCGUGCGACCGGUUCCCUGUGCGCUGGACGUUGCAUUCGGCUGUGUGUUCGGCUGUUCCGAGCCUGAUUCUCUAUCAUGGUCAUGCCGCUGCCCCCGGAUGUGAUGGAUCGUGGAUGUCUUCCCCUCAUCUGGAUCAGCGAUCAGCAAUCAGCUGCUACAUCGUACAACCAGUCUCGUCCAUUCCGCGGUUCGCUUCGAACCGGCGCGAUUGACAGCCGCUUAAUUCUCCAGCCAUGUGCCGCCCCGGUGUUUCCCAAUCGUCCGAUGGAUGCGCAUCUCGGCCACCCGAAGAUCCAUCGCCUCCUCUAUGUCAGCUCCCCCGUGGGCCGGCCUGCUGCUGCAUGCAUCCAAUCG